AUGGAGGACACCACUAGCAGUAAUCCCCAAUCUCUCGGAUUUACAGAGAAAUUAAAGUCUUGGCUCUCUUGGUCAUGGACAUACGUGUGCUUAAUUUGGUUGGGCAUGGUGCUCAUCAUGAUAUACGUGCUGUGGAGCCCGCUGAAACUGCAGGAAACUCUUACCUCAGCAUCAGUGUUUUUGAACACACUGACCCCUAAAUUCUACGUGGCUCUCACUGGAACCUCCUCCCUCAUCUCUGGACUCAUCCUUAUAUUUGAGUGGUGGUAUUUUCGUAAAUAUGGGACUUCGUUCAUCGAACAAGUUUCGGUGAGCCACCUGCGUCCUCUCCUGGGUGGAGUUGAGAGCAGCUCUACAACUGGUCUGUUCUCAUCAGUUAAUGGAGAGGCAGAGCCGAGACCCAGUGUCUCAGAGUGUAAAGUCUGGAGAAACCCUUUGAAUCUGUUCAGAGGAGCAGAAUACAACAGGUACACCUGGGUGACUGGGAAAGAACCCCUAACGUACUAUGAUAUGAACCUGUCUGCUCAAGACCAUCAGACCUUCUUCACAGGAGACACUCAACAGUUAAGACCAGAGGAUGCCGUGAUGCAGAAGGCCUGGAGAGAGAGAAAUCCUCAAGCCAGGAUCAGAGCAGCUUACCAGGCCAUAGAAAUGAACCAAGAAUGUGCUGCAGCCUAUGUGCUUCUAGCAGAGGAAGAAGCCACAACUAUUACAGAAGCAGAGCGCCUCUUCAAAAAAGCAUUGAGUAUUGCUGGAAAAGAUAUCAACUUAUUGGUAUACAUUAAACGUAGACUGGCAAUGUGUGCACGCAAGCUGGGACGGAUUAAAGAAGCAGUGAAAAUGAUGAGAGAUUUAAUGAAGGAGUUCCCAUUGUUGGGAAUGUUAAAUAUACACGAAAACCUCUUGGAGGCACUUCUAGAGCUUCAGGCAUAUGCUGAUGUCCAAGCUGUCCUUGCCAAAUAUGAUGACAUCAGCUUGCCAAAGUCAGCCACAAUAUGCUACACAUCUGCACUGUUGAAAGCACGGGCUGUAUCAGAUAAGUUCUCACCAGAGGCAGCAUCAAGGCGGGGACUCAGCACAGCAGAGAUGAAUGCUGUGGAGGCCAUACACAGAGCUGUUGAGUUCAAUCCGCACGUGCCAAAGUACUUAUUAGAGAUGAAGAGCCUGAUCUUGCCUCCAGAGCACAUCUUGAAGAGGGGUGACAGUGAGGCAGUGGCAUAUGCUUUCUUCCACCUGCAGCACUGGAAGAGAGCAGAGGGAGCCUUAAACCUACUACACUGCACCUGGGAGGGCACCUUCCGGAUAAUUCCCUAUCCAUUGGAGAAGGGUCAUCUGUUUUAUCCUUACCCAGGAUGCACAGAAACAGCAGAUAGGGAAUUACUGCCCUCGUUCCACGAGGUGUCCGUGUACCCAAAGAAAGAGCUUCCCUUCUUCAUCCUCUUCACAGCAGGCCUUUGCUCCUUCACUGCCAUGCUGGCCAUGCUCACACAUCAGUUCCCUGAGCUCAUGGGUGUCUUUGCCAAAGCAUUCUUCAGCACACUCUUUGCACCCCUGGGUUUCUUAGCAGACAAGAUGGAAAGCUUCAUGCCGUCCAGUUUUUGGCACCAGCUGACUCGGAUCUGACCCCAUCUCAUGCACACACGCAGACACACACACACACACACACACACACACACACAC